AUGAGUGCCUAUUUCGGAAGCAUCGAGAAAUGCGACCGUUUGCUCGAUAUAGGGACCGACAUCAAUGCGUAUGGAAUUGUGAGCAACGCUUUGCAGGCUGCAGCUCGCGAGGGGCAUCUUGCCCUUGUGCAACAUCUCCUCGAACGGGGCGCGAAUGUUAAUGUGCCCGCCAAUUUUGCGCAUGAGAAAAACAGACAGCAAUGCAGAAGUUCUAAGUAUGGUGGACCACAGACGGCACUCCAGGGCGCUGUUCUGGGUGGAUACUACCAGGUGGUGAAUUGUCUGAUUGAAGCCGGGGCGAAGGUUGCAGCUCCUCCAGUUGACAACACAGACAUCACCAUUUUGGAUGCAGCCGCUGAAGCCUUCAGUAGAAAACAAUAUCAUGGGUAUGACGUUGGCUAUUCAACCCAUAUAUUCAGGAAGCUCCUUGCUCAUGGGGCUCUGAUCAAUCGCACAGACGGUGGACCAUGUGGCGUUUUACAUCACCUCGUCCACGCAUCGCAGCUUGAGUGCCUGGAAUUGGUACUCAAAGAACGCGCAGUGACUGAGGAGCGAGCAGUCUUCCGCACGGGCCGGGACUGGGGAUCGGACAUAUUCGUGACCCCAAUUCAACUUGCGGCCGCCCGUCACAACAUGGAGAUGGUGGAGCUCCUCCUCAAGUACAAUGCCGACAUCAACGCCCCUGCCUCCGACACCAAGCUAGGCAAUCGUGGCCGCACAGCCCUACAAGCAGCCACUACAUGGAACGAACCCAGCGUGAGGAUUGUUUCACUUCUCUUGCAGCACAAGGCCGACGUCAAUGCUCCUCCUGCCGAAUCAUUCGGCCUCACGGCUCUACAAGGCGCUGCGAUUUCAGGAGAUGUCCAGAUUGCGAAAAUGUUGCUUGCUCACAGAGCCGAUGUCAAUGCGGCGGCAGCGCCAAGUGGGGGCAGGACGGCUAUUCAGGGAGCAGCUGAGCAUGGGAGACUUGAUAUGGUUCGGCUUCUCCUCGACAAUGGAGCCAGGCCAGACCCGGAGAAGGGCUUCUCGAAGGCAAUCGAGUUUGCCGAGAAAAAUCAUCGUUACCAUAUUGCAAGUCUAUUGAGGGCCCAUGAAGACGCAUGCAAUGGGUUAGCUAUGGGUUUCAGUGCUGGGCGGUUUCGCGAUUUCGGAGGGCCUUCGUCAGGCAUCUUAAACGAACUGACAGAUGAUAACGAAAUUAUAAUGUAGUUCCUGUGUUAGGGGAUGGAUGGCGAGGAAACCUGAACCCUUCAAUAUACCUCUCUCAUAAUGCUUGUAUUCAGCCGUCAAACAC